UUCCAGCUGCCUUCGAAAUUUGAAGGAGAAAAACAAACUGUUAAUGCAAAGGGGAAAGCUAGCUCUUUGAGUUGUUUGUCUUUGCUGUUGUAUUGCAGCGAUAAAAAAAAAUACAAAAUGACCAAACUGCAGCUUCUGCACCGCGCUCUGAACGAGCGUCUGAUGGCGGCGGUGGAGCAGAUCAUGGAGAUGGUCGGCGGUACGGUGCUGGAGUAUGAAGAAGAGACGAUCCGGGCACGGAAAGAAAACGAGGUUCUGAGACGGAGGCUACGGUGGAUGGAGGGGGCAAAUCGAGCGGACUGGCCAGGCCCAUCAGAACCCGUUACGCUUUCCACCACAGACGAGACCAAUUCAUCUCGGCAAGAUGAGUGUGCUGUCAACUUUGGAAUCGGGCAGGAAUCAGAAGGUUUUGUAAUCAAAACAGAGUCGACCGAACUCCCCCUGUGCGUUAGACCCGAAAGCAGCAUCACCACGUUACCUCAAAGCAUUGAUCAGGGAUCUGACAAUGCCGGCACAGCCGUUGGUAUUGCCUAUGGCCUGGCAGAUAGUAUGCCUUGGGACUCUCCCCAAAGUUACAUGGCCCCUCUGGACUUUGAUCCGACGGGAUCGGGUCCCAAUAGGGUCCGGCACUGGAGAGGACGGAACAGGAGGCAGAGGAUGUCCUUUGCCUGUCCGGACUGUGGUAAAGUGUUUGGAACGGAGCAGAGGCUGAUGGUUCAUAUGCGGAUUCAUUCCACCGAGAGGCCUUAUGCGUACCGUCGGCGCAAGGCUUGCUUCUACGGUGACAGUAAGAAAAAGAGGAAACUGCACAGGCUCUCUCAGCUAUCAAGAGAAAUUGUGGAUGAUCUGUCAGAUGGCUCUGAACAGACAAACAGGAGUAGUGCGUCACCUGAACAGCUAGAAACUACUGCACCAGGCCGAGAAGAGCCUGAGAGUGACGACAAUAGCAGUGAUAAAGAACCAGAAAAGAGAAUUACCAGCCCUGUGCGGAAUCAGCGUGACAAAAAGAGAGUAGUGAACCAGAUGUGUUAUUGCCCUCAAUGCCCUAAACGGGCGUUCGCUCGGCCCUGUCAGUUAGCCAUGCACAUGAAGACCCACACGGUCACAGAUCUUGUCAACCUGCCCACCCAAGCACAGUCAGGAACUGAGGCGAUAGUGGAUGUGAAGAGGAAGUUACCCAAGAAGCAAAGAAAAAAAGAUGUGAAGAAGAAGGCCAAAGUUGGUGGCAUAGGUGAAUACCGUUGUCCAGAGUGUGACAGAGUCUUCUCUCUGGCAAGCCGGUUGCAUUUCCACAUGAAGACCCAUACGUCCAAAAGGGCUUUAUUGUGCAAAGCUCAACAAAUCAAGACGGAGCUGGAGGCAGUGGCUAAAACUACAGACAUACAUAGACCAUAUGCCUGCCCGCAUUGCGAUAAAUUGUUUGCUCGUGAAGGAUGGCUGGCGCCGCACAUUCGCACUCAACAUGGGGAAAUAAAGAGCAGGAGCAAUUACUUUAAGAUCAUGUACGGCAGUGGCCGUACAAGGUCACAACAGACUUUCACCAAGCGAAUUAUUAAGCGCACUGAGAGACAGAAUGUCACUGAGAAGCCGAGACCGAGGAAACGGAAAAGUAAAAAAUCAAGAAGGGUCGAGGCUAAACAACCUCAAACAAGUGAGGUGUCCAUCCAGGUUGUUCGUUUAGCCACAGUCGCAAAAGAUGAGGAUGAACAAAGUGAAGAUAUUCCUAUAACAGACACAGAUGAGGAUGAACAAAGUGAAGACCUUCCUAUAAUGGGUACAGAUGAGGCUGAACUAAGUGUGGAUCUUUCUAAAAUGGGCACAGAUGAGGCACAACAAAGUGAAGAUCUUCCUGAAACGGGCACAGAUGAGGCACAGCAAAGUGCAGAUCUUCCUGAAACGGGCACAGAUGAGACACAACAAAGUGCGGAUCUUCCUAUAACGGGCACAGAUGAACCAGAGAGCAUUUCUGAGCAAUCAAAGGACACCUCAGGCCAGAAGGAGGAAGAGAGGAGGAAGAAGGGGUUUCCAUGCAAAACAUGUGGCAAAAGUUUUGUUCUGGAGAAGAAGCUGAAGAAGCACUCAAGGAAACAUGUAGGAAAAAAGAUUCAUGAUGUGAGGAAACGGAAAAGAGAGCAAGCUUUAAUGGAAACGAAGCUUAGGGAACAAGAACAAAGGAGACGGGAGGAAAGUGAGAGGCUUGAGGCUAAGAUGUCCACAAGUAAUCGCAACUCAAAUACUACGCAGACACCUCAAGGAUCCACAAACAAAGAUUCAUUACAGAAAAGCAGAACCAGAGGUCAAGGACCACUACCCUGCCCGUUUUGCGGCAAAGUUUUUGCUUGGGAAAUGCGGCUGUUGAUGCAUAUGCAGAUUCACUGUGGCGAGAAACCCUACGCCUAUCGGCAGCGUAAGAAACAUUUUUAUGGUGACCUGAAAAGGGGCCAACUCCCGGAAACCCAUAAUGAGGAGCCUUCGGGGGACAAAAGUGAUGAGUCUGAAGAAUCUGUGAGUGAAGAGAUGGCGAAUAAGGACGGAUCUGCACAUCUGAGCAGCAGUGCAACUCAUACAGUGUCUGGAUCUCCUGCAAGCAGUACUGAGACCAUUGCAGCAGCAAACCAUACUGGCAGCCCCGGGCUUUUACCUCAGACAGCUAUCGAGCAGCCUACCACCUCUUACAAGAGAAAUGAAAGAACCAAACCCGAGAUGGUCAGCAACAUCAUGAGCCACUUCAAUAUGCAGCCCAGGAUAGUUCUACAACCAAUUAGGACUGAACGCAAGUACUGGGGAUCAAUGCCUGGGGUAGCUGAUUUAAAAUCAAGUUGCUCUGAAAAAAGUAGUGGCUUAUACUCAGUAGUGGUUGAUGAUGAAAUGGCAGAUGCUGUGCAAGAUAAAAUUGUGGAUUCCAAUCUUUGCACAUUGCCAGUGGAAUUCUCUGGUCAUGGCAGCCAGAACACUGUUGAUCCAGAGACAGAAAUAGUUUCUGUGGAGGUUGGAUCUUCACAGCGUGAUUCGGAUGUAGAGCUUGAAAACACUGGGGGUCCGCUGCCCAUUGAAUCCUCUGAGGGAAAUAAAGCAGAGGGUCAACAAAAAGACAACCACAACCUUAAUCUUCCUGGUGUUUCUGAAAAAACAGCCAGAAACCAGGUAUCACUUAUAGUCAUAGAUGACAAACUAGAGCAGUCAUAUGCAAGAACUGCUAAGGAAAAUGCUCUGUCUGAAUGUGGAAGAUCGAAGUGUGAUUGGAAGUGUGAUUGUAAAAACAUUUCUGGUAUGAAAUUGACGGUCAUGCCGCAGAGUAGCGUUCUAGAAUCUUUGUUCAAGGAAACUAGUUCUGACACCAUGCAGAAGAACAUUGACUCAAAAGUAGUUUGUGUUGUCCUCUCAGAUAUUGAAGACAAUGUUGAUGAAGACGUGUUGGGUCCCUCCAAAGGUUUAGAUAAAAAGAAAAGAGCCUCUGUUACUAGCAUUCAAAAUGAACAAUUAGAUGUGGGGAGCAAACCUGGCAACAAUCCCUCCAGCAACUCAAACUUUCCAGCUCCAGGUGCAGCUGAAUCCACCAAAUCUAUUGAUGGUGCCUCGCAACAUGCCGACGAUCAGAGUAUAUCAAAUGACCCACCCAGAGACCAAAUGACUGCCAUCAGACAAACAGAGGACAGGCCCAUGAUUUCAAAGGAGAGAACAUCAUGUGAAACAUCUGAUAUGGAAGUUAACGCUGACAUGGAGAUUGUCAGUGGCGGUGAAAGACAAAAUAAGAAACUGGGUCAGAACAACCAGAUGUCAGAAUCUGUUCUGGAUGAUUCAUCUGACAACUCUGAAAUCUCAGGGAUGAAUGAACCUACUGUACAAAAUGUGAAAACCAAUGAGUUAUUUGUGAAAAGUUCUGAAGAAUUCAAAAUGCCCUCACACUUUUUCACAACCAGUCAAACCUCUGAUGGUAGAUGCUGCAGUGGAGAACAAAAAACAGUAAAGCAAACACCAAAUUGUCGGUUGUGUGGGAAGGCAUGUAGAAAGAUAGAGCUGCACCUAAGGUGUGAUCACACAGGAGAACCUGAAGUGGUAAAAGCUUUAAGUCUUGACAAAGACUGUAAAGAAAGAAAACUGUCGUUGAGCAGUUUUGCUAUUAAAAAGAACGUCAAGCAACCUAGCGAUUCUAGAAUGGAUUGUGAUGAAGAUAUUGUUCACUGCAUUUUUUGCCGGGUGUCUUAUCGAUGGAACGCAUUUCGGGAGCAUGCUCUUAUAUGUACGCACAACAAGAACCCAGCUGCAUCCAGCAAAACUCAGGAAACUUUUGAUGCAGAAUUGGGAAAUCUUGCUCCAGACACUAUCAGCCCUAUCAAUGAAGCUUUAGAGCCAACUAAUGCUCCUUCAUCAGAUCUUCCAGAUUUAGGUGAUCGUCCUGUUCUAGAAAGUAGGAUAUGUGAGGCGAAGAAGAACCACACUUUAGUGUCAGAUGGUCCCCAAAUUCUAUACACUAAUGACAGCACAGAACAGAAGAUCUGUGAUCUGAAACCCUCAAGUCCUCCUAAUCUUGACUCUUGCCAGAGUGUUGCUCCAAAAACCUCUUAUCCAGAAGUGGAGGAGGAGCCUACUGUUUCUCACAUUGUCAGCAGCAUAGCUCAAAUUGAGCUUAAUGCACAAUUAUUAAAGCCAUCUGUUCUAGAUUCUCACAAGUGUUCUGCAAUAAAUCCUUCUGAUUUGGAAUUUUCAUUUAGUGGAUCACGGAACACUGAUGUGGAGAUGCUGCAACCACCAAUUCUAGAUUCCCGCCAAACAACCCUAGUUGUAGAAUCUAGAGUUCCAGCCCUUUAUAUUUCAAACACUGGUUGUAAUGUUCUUCAGCAGUCCACUAUAAAACAAACAGAUCAUCUCCGACUUGUGAACCAACUAUUUUCUUCAGAUCCAGAAGUGUCUUGUGAUCCAGAACCUGAUGGUUAUUCUCGUGAUGCUGAAAACCUUCAGAUCUCUUCAGAACCAAAGGUUCCUUCAAGUUCUGCAUCCUUAAACUCUUCUUCAGAAUGCAGUUCAGAAUCAAACAGUACUCCCAAUCUAGCUGUGUUUGGUGAGGCAUAUUUGGGUACUAAUGAGACAGAGCAAACCCAAGAUUCAGAUGUAGAAAGAAACAUCUUUAUGAUCUCAGGCAGCUCUGAUGUGCAUCUAGAACCUGAGAGUCAUCAUUCUCCAGAUCCUAAUAGCUAUAACAUUGAACAAACGCAGUGUCAGCAGCCUGAAACUAUUGAAAAUCCAGAUGCUAGCAGAAGUGGUAAUCAGCCAACAGCUGAUCUACAAUCUAGAACCGUAGGACACAUGUCUUACGUGAAAUUGCAAGAGUGUGAUCUUCAAGAGGACCCUGAGGAGAUCACUGAUGAGAAUGACAAUGCUUGUGCUGUUGAAGUUCAACAUGAGUCGAGCAUAUCAGUGACAAGUGAGCAAAAGAGAAAAAGAGUCCACCAGAGCAGCUGUCUGAAAAAGGAGUCAAAGAAAAGUUGUCCAAGUUCUUAUUCUCAGGGUUCUGAAUGCCAAACCAGUUCCACUGAUGACAACUCCAGUGUGUUACAUCACUGCCUUUACUGCAAGCAACAACACUACAGAAUGAUGGAUCAUCUUCAGUCAGUUCAUCAUAAUGAACCAGAGGUGGCAAAAGCUCUUACCUUUGACAAGAGCUCACAAGAAAGGAAACAAAUUUUGAACCUUCUACAAACCAGGGGAAAUGUUGUACGCAACACAAACGUGGUUCAAAGUAGUAAACAAGAUUUAAAACCACUUAGGAAGUUUGCAUCAUAUUGCUCGUUUGAGGAUAGUGUUUAUUGCAUCUACUGUUUAGGGUUAUUCAACAAGAAGUCUUUUGCUUCGCAUUUAGUGCAGUGCAAGGGCAAAUCUACUCAAAGUGCUGAGGCUAGCUGUGGUGAAAUGCUCCCUAAUGCUGGGCCCGUUCCUCCAACUCCUGCACUUAUUUCCCCCACUUGUCCAGAAGAGACUAACGCCAAUAUGGAACCAUCAGGUCUUCAUACCAUCUAUGAAAAUGAAAAAGGACGUUCUUCCCUUCCAGAGCUCAACUGCAAUGUAGAGCAACCAGACAUCUCAAGUUCAAAUGAGGAGGUUGGAAGUAAUAGACAGGUAGAGGGUGCUAUUUUACAAUUCACACAUUGUGAAUUGAAGUCAGGUAAUUCUCCAAAUCCAAGCACUGGUCAAGAAUCAACAGACUGGAAGAAUGAAGGAGUAAGUCUCUUAAAGUGCAAUGUUGAUCAAGAAAGGGCAGUGACACCAACUUCAGGCACCAGCUCCAUCGGUGCUCAUCCAGAAUAUAAUGUACUCAGAAAUCCAUCUGAUGAUUUCAGUCCACCUCAAAAUGCCCAAACUCUGUCUAAUGACACAUACAAGAGUGGUGUGAAACCCCAAACUUAUGAAACAGGGAAGAGGAGGAGGAAGAGUCGGUCAGUGAUCAUGGGUGAUGACUUGCUGCGUGCAGGAGAGAUGUCCAACUCCAGACUACAUGUCUGCCAGCACUGCAAGGCAGCUUUCGGCAGUUCAUACACUCUGCGCAGACAUGAAUACACUCACACGGGUGAGAGGCCAUUCUGGUGCAAUCAGUGCAAUAUGGGCUUCAUCCAGAAGUAUCGACUUUUAAAGCACACAUUUGCAUGCCAUGGGGACACAACAUCUAAUGCAGACCAGGAAAAACUGAAAAGGGCAACGAGAACAAUUCAAGAUGGCGAGACGUCAUUGAAUAAUGAAGCUUGUAUACAGCCAUCAACAAAGACUCCUGAGGAUUUACCAAAUACUGUUACAGAUGACACAGGGGAAAAAGUUGCAGAUACAAAGCAAGACACUGAGGCGAGAGGGUUCAACUGGGAGGAAGCAGGACAAAGUCAUGUCAAAGACUAUGACACAAGUUGCUAGAAGUUAUUGUUUACAUCUUAGUGUUAUGUUUUUUUAAAGUCGAAACAUUUUGUAAAUAUGUCUCAUAAUGUUUUACAAUGUUGUCUCAUUCUGAUGGGCUCAAUACUUUUACGGAAUGAUUAAUUUCAGCCUGCUGUACUGUGCAGAUAAUAGCAUAUGUUUAUUAAAUAAUUAAAGAUUGAGAAUAAAAAAAC